AUGGCCGCUACACAACUCUCCCUCUUCACCGAGCUCACCCGUCUUACCCAGCCCGGGUACCCAGUCACUGAGGUGCUCACGAAGCUCCUCAAUCUGGUCGGACACGAUGUCUGUGCCACCAAGCGCAAUCAUCACGCCGUCUACUGGGCCGUCUCACAAGCCCGCGACAUCAUCGACGGCAUUAACGCCCUCGUCAAGGUUGCUGGGGAGGGUGAAUCUUGGGAGGCUUUCGAUGACUACACCAUCCGAAUCCUAUGGAUCGAAAAAGUUCUGUUGGCUUUCUCUCUGAUCACCGAAAAAGAGACUAUCGUCGCCCGAUUCGGCGAGACAUCGAGCAUUGUCGAGGAAAUUGCCUUUGUGGACGCACUUCGGGACAACAGAAAGGACCUUCGCGACAUUCUUCAACAGUUGAUCGACUCUACGUAUCUCAAGGGUGAUGUUGCUGAGCACACCAAGGCAGUCAAGACAGUUCAAAAACAGGACGAUCUAUCUGCAUUCCGCGCUACAGUUGGCAGACUUCGCAAUUACCUUAAUCGGCUUAGCGGCCACGGCAAGGACUCGCUCGCAGAAGUUGUCCGCCGUUUUGAUGCUCUCCACGUUACUUUGGCCACUGCGCCAGACACUCUAGCUGACGCCGUCUUUCUUUUUGCUCUUCAAUGCGCUCUCCUUAUCGAAAUCGUCACUAGCAACCGCGACAAGAAGGCAUUUAUGCGCGUCCAAGACAAGGAGUUUUGGCGUACUGUUCUUGGCUGGAUUACCGUCGCUGAGAAGCAUGCCAAAGACCCAAAUUUCUCUGUCACCGGACUCCCGGGCGAAUAUACCGCAGCCGUUAUAUACCUUACUGGUGCCAUUGUUGCCCAGCUCCCGGAUGGAUUCAAGGAUCUUCGUCCGCUCGUGGCGCUCACUCGCCGCCCGUUCUACUCUCAAAGUGUUACCAUCGUCGCUGGCUGCGCAGAACUUGCCACCACCUUCAACAAACAGAAGACUGUAGAGAUGCUUAGUGCUUUCAACGCUGCCCUCGAAAAGGCCACUUCUGCGCUCAAAGCUGCUGCGGAUGUCAAAUACGAUCCCUAUACCCCAUGGGCCACAUCAGACAGUGCCACCGCCGCGUUCGAGGAGGCAGAGACUGCAAUCAAGUUUUGCUACCAGGACUACCAGGUGUCCUCCGCGACAUGGGAGAAGCGCAUGAAGAAUUCACGAGACUCUGACGCAGAUCGACUUGCUCAGUUGGAGAAACGCUUCAGUCGUGCCAAGACCGAUUUCCCCGCUGAACAAACUAUCGACGUCACGGUGUCAGUCUCCCUUGCAGGGAGCCAAACCCAACCUAUCAGGCGUUCAUACAAGAUCGACUCCGCGCUCACCUUGCAUGCUCUCCUUUGGAAAGAGGCGUCCUUGCGAGAAAGCAUCCCGGCGGCUAACGAAGUGCGCAACCAAGCCUUCUUUUAUGCCACCGCCGACAAGGCCCCGCUCGAUCUUGACAUGCUGAUCUCGAACUUGCCUAAUGCUCAAGGGCGGAGUGGCAAAGUGGUCGUACUUGUUGUCCCCAACGUCUAA